GCGCGACUGUUGCGAUGCAUUGGCGAACGCGGCGGGACAAAGGACGCUUUCGUACGCGUACGCUCGCCGAGAGACGCCAUGUUCAUUUGUCAACGGACGUCAAGGUGUUCCCGUGCGGGAAGAGCGAGCAGCCGCUUGCCGCCCACCGUCGGAUAGGAAUCGAGAGGACCGAGGCUCGUUCGCGAGGGUGGAGGAUUUCUCGCUUUCUCUCGUCUCAUCUGGUCCUGCCCUGAUCAUGGAGAGCGGCAUCGCGUCCGCCGAGUCGCGGAAACGCAAACGGGAGGAAUACGAGAUGCAGCUGUUCGGCUUCCAUUCCCGAGCCGUGUAUGCGACUCUCAAAAAUAUUGUGAUGGAAAGGAUACAGUCUAGAAGCAGAAAGUUGUGCGAAACUUUGGAAAAAAUAUAUAAACUAGACUCGGAUAAUUUGACCAUGCUAAAGACAAAUGAGGAAAAACUUAUAAGAGCUUAUUAUGUGGCUUCAGAGCCUCAUUUAAAAAACAUUGAGAAUCUCGUGAACAAAUUCAUCGCUGUACCCAACAAUGUUCUAGCGGACGAGGAUAAACUUCAAGAAAUACAAUAUACGGAAGCUGAGUUCGAGAGUAUGCGCAGGAAAUUAGAGGAAUUCCAACAGAGAGCAAGACGCGUGACUAUAUUGAACGCAGCAUUAAAGGAGGAAUUACAGCUCAUAGAACAAUUUUCGACCUGUGCGGACAAUACCGAUAGAUUGAGCAGUAUAAUUGAAACCGGUGUUUCUUGUCCGGAUAUAAAUGAUAAAAUUCAUCAAUUGGUCAAAAAUUAUAAAGAAUUCAGUGCAUUACUUGACCGGACAAUACCUACGUCACAAAUGUCGCUGUACAAUACUAUCGAUGAUCUCAAAUGUAUAGAUUACGAUAUAUGUACCUUAUAAUUGGUACAAAAGAAUUAUUUUUGCGAUUCA